GAGCGAACCUUAUAUCCAGCUGAACUUUCUUUCACAAGCUACUAAGGACCUUGACUUCUGAUAUCCUUGUAAAAUACGCUUUAACCUAGAUACGCAAUAGAACUCGGACCCCCCAGACCUGCCUUGCCACCAUCCAAAACCGCGAUGUAUACUCGAUACCGGAGGCCGUUCGCCGCUAGAGAUAGAUUUAAUUCUAUACUCCUCCAUCGGUUAGCAGGUACAAUUGCACAAUCUUCGAGGUCGGCUCUUACCUCACCAGGCCACCGCGAAAUGUCAUACCCGGAUCUUGAACAGUUCCGCGGGCUACGAACUCAUUUCUGCAGUACGGUACUGCAUCAGCAUGGAGAUGCCAUAUUGUCCCUUCCGCCAUUCCAACAUAUUACCCAAUCACUCCCUGCCCAUUUAGGUCCCCGAAGGGACGGGGUACCCUACAACGGUUUCGGAACCGACAAUGGGAUAGCGGUGGGGUACUCGCUUGUCUUUGUCUAAGGCUUGA